CACGCCAGCCGCCGGUGUCCCGGGAUUGCCGGAAGACGCCGUGCGAGCCGGUGAUGGGCAGGCGGCGCGUGCUGGAGUCUUGGGGAUUGCAGCAGUCGCUCACCGCUCGUUUUGCUGCGGAGUCAAGUUUAUUCGUGCAAACCUCCUGCUAUUGUAAACUACGGGCGGAUGGGCUUGUCCUAUGGACGUGGGCUUCCACUUCCUCCUAGCCCAGUGUCUUAUUGCUGACCGAAGAGCAUGUGCCAUGGGGAACUGCUGGACUCAGUGCUCUCGGUUGUUUCGGAAGGAGGCCAACAGGAUCCAGCGAGGUGGAGGAUCGAAGUAUUUUAGGACAAGUUCUAUCGGGGAGCACUUCACUAUAGAGUUUGAGAAUUUGGUGGAGAGUGAUGAGGCUGAAAGCCCAGGAUUUAAUCAGAGGCCAAUUAAUGAAGAUGAAGUCCAAAUCCUUCACAAUAGACAGUAUGAUGCUAUUGCUCAGAAGCAAGUGGCAGUGGACAAACAGCUCCAGACUGAGUUAGCUGCACAAGAGGAGCAGUUAAGGAUAGAAGAAGAGGCAUUUUAUGCUGCACAGCGUGAAGCAGCCAGGGCAGCAAAGCAGAAAAAGCUUUUGGAGCAACAAAGGCUGCAAAAGAUGAAACAAAGGGCCAAGUCUACUUCAAGCUCUGAUCAACAAAAAAGUGAGACAGGAGAAGAAGACUUUGAAUCGUAUUUACAACAUGCAAAAUCUCAAUCUGAAGCUUUUAGGAACCAACACAGAAUCUCCUCAGAGGCGACUAUUCUGACACCAAACACUGAAAGCAGCUGUGACUUGACAACAAAAACCAAGUCAACAAAUGAUGAUAGUACUUCAUUGGACCUCGAGUGGGAAGAUGAAGAAGGGAUUAAUAGAAUGAUUCCAAUGAGAGAACGCUCUAGAACUGAAGAAGACAUUCUUCAAGCAGCCUUGAGGCUCAGCAGCCAUAGACCUGGGAGCAACCCAUUGUCUGCAUCAGAUGAGUCAACUGGACUGGAAUGGGAAAAUGAUUUUGUCAGUGCUGAAUUGGAUGAUAAUGGGAAUUCUGAAUAUGCAGGUUUUGUGAACCCUGUCCUAGAACUCUCUCCUAAUGACAUAAAAAAUACAGAUGGUGAUAAGCAGAGCAGGUAGUGAUCUUACUAGAUCAUGUAAUUUGGUUGACCAAACUUUUAAGACAUUGUAAGAAUGUAUUUCAAUUCUGGUUGGACAUUUUAUCCUUCUGGUGGUCUGAGUCCACAUAGGCUGCAAAAGGACAUGACUGCUUUGUAUUGUGUUAACACAUACAAUUUACAAUUAAGUGCAAUUCUUGUAAAAUUUCAGCUUAUGAAUGAAUUUUUAAGCCAUUACAUUGGGUGUUGAUUAAAACGGCUGUGCUGUAAAGGGAAAAUGUGAUGUGAAGUUUAUUUGAUAAAACUUUCUAGCUAUGAAAUGCAUGUUUCUAUGUAUUCAUUUUUGAGUCACUGCUGUUCUGAUUGUAUAAAAGUAACAAAUAAUGGAUACACUGGAUUAUUAAACUGGUUUAUUGUUUUGAUCGGUACUGUUAUAUUAACAUGUAAAUAUCAUGAAGCCUUAUGAGAUUGACUUAUUUUCUUUGCAUGACAAAUGAACUUUUGUUUGUUAAGUUA